AUGUAUUCAAAACUAUUGGCAGCGUUGAUAUUUCCGAUUUGCAUAGCAAGUGUAGAGGGAUUUGAAGUGCAAGAAAAUGCCUUGGCAGAGGCGAGAGGCAAAGGAAAAUACGCUCUACUGACCCAUCUCGCGAUCGUCCUGGCCGCGAAGUUAGGUCUGCACAAGAUACUCCUGGGCAUAGCUUUAGUGUUAGCCGUUAUAACGGCCAUGGUGGUCAUGGCAUGGGUCCUGGCCAUCGUCAGAUACGUGCCAGACUUCUGGCCACAUUACAAAGCCGCUGGAUACCCAAAUCACCACCACAGUUAUCAUCCUCCAGUACACUUUUUCUACGUAGUAGCCACAAAAAUCUUCGUCCUAAAAAUCGUAUAUGGAAUAAUAUUCUUCGUGAUCGCUUCAAAAGCAUGGCAUUUUGCUCUGUGGCUCAUACACUACCUGAAAGUAAAAGAUAAACAUAAGGAGGUCUACGUGGAAUAUGAUCACGAGCCCUAUCACAGUCAUCACGACCACCAUGAUCAUCACGAGAGCUAUGUGAUUGAUGAUGACCCUUAUGAUCAUCAGCCGUACGGAGCUUAUUCGUCAAGUUAUGGAAGAGUUGAUACUAGAUAUUCGCAGAAGAAGAAAGUUUAUGACGCUGAUGGCUCUUACUCUGUUGGGGGGUAG